AUGGCUACCAACGAGAAGAUGGUUGCUCUUGCCGAUGAGAAGAUUGAAGCCAUCAAUGAUACUGCGGGAAACCACAUCGAUCCCGAGGCAGAAAAGAAAUUACUCCGGAAGCUCGACAUUCGCGUGUUGCCGCCACUCUUUGUGCUAUUCCUUCUCGCUUUUCUCGACAGAACGAACAUUGGGAAUGCAAAGAUUCAAGGCUUGACGAAGGACCUCAGCAUGGUUGGGCCGGAUUACAACAUAGCGCUCUUCGUCUUCUUUAUCCCAUAUAUUAUCUUCGAGGUCCCGAGUAACAUAAUUCUCAAGAAGGUUGCUCCAUCGACAUGGCUAAGCUCAAUAAUGGUGUUGUGGGGAAUCUGCACACUGGGACAAGGGUUGGUGAACAACUUCAAAGGCCUGGUGGCACUCCGUGUGCUUGUUGGUCUUUUUGAAGCUGGGUUGUUUCCUGGAUGUGUUUAUCUGAUCUCAAUGUAUUACAAGCGUCACGAGCUUCAAUGGCGUUUCACCCUCUUCUUCUCUGCCUCCAUCGUAGCUGGUGGCUUCGGUGGUCUCUUUGCCUUUGCUCUCGCCAAGAUGGACGGCGUCGGAGAUUACGCCGGAUGGCGAUGGAUCUUUCUCAUCGAGGGCAUUCUUACCGUCGUUCUGGGCGUUGUCUCAAAAUUCUGGAUAACGGACUGGCCUGAGACUGCAAAGUUCCUCACCGACGACGAACGCGCACUGCUCAUUGCUCGUCUAUCUGCCGACACCGGCUCGGCCACGAUGAAUCAUCUCGAUAAGCGUGCGGCGCGCCGUAUAUUCUCCGACGUGAAAAUCUAUCUCGGCACGAUAAUGUACUUCGGCAUUGUGAACACGGGUUACGCAGGCUCCUUCUUCAUCCCGACUAUCAUCAAAGAGCUCGGUUAUACUUCUUCCGCGGCGCAGGUGCGGUCUAUUCCCAUCUUUGUGGUUGCCACGGUCACAGCACUCAGCGCCUCGUGGCUGUCCGAUCGUCUGCGCCACAGGUUCUGGUUCUGUAUAUUCGGCCUUGUAGUCGCGUCAGUGGGAUAUAUCCUUCUCCUGUGUGGGUCUACAUUAUCCGCAGGGGUGAAAUACUUCGCGUUAUUCCUCAUCGUCCCUGGCGGUUACAUCUGUCAACCUAUCGUAUUGGUCUGGGUGUCGAACCUGAUGUCCGGGCAUUACAAACGGUCCGUCUCGUCCGCCAUGCAAGUCGGACUCGGAAAUAUCGGCGGAAUCGUUGCGUCAAAUGUGUUCUUUGAAAGCGAAGCCAAAAAUGCGAGGUAUCCUACGGGAUAUGGAGUAAGUCUCGGUAUGCUGUGGAUCUGCGGUGCAGCAAGUGUAGCACUUUUCUUCUAUGUGAAAAGGGAGAACGGAAAGAGGGAGAGAGGCGAGAGAGAUCACAGGUUGGAAGAAGAUGAUCGCGAGAAUUUGGGCGAUGAUCACCCGCUCUUCAAGUUUACGACCUAG